AUAGAACAACUGUUAGCCGUAAGAAAUCGAUUCCAGUCAGUAGCACAAAUUGAUUCAAUCGAUUGUGAUGUACACAAACGUGAAUUCGAAAGUGCAAUGGAGAUUUGGUUGCCCAACCUAGCUGCAAGUAUGUCUCCGUGCGUCAACAGACACAAGUCUUUUUUCUACCUUACCGGUCCUCCCACUUGCCUUAAAUGGGCUGAACGCAAUAAAGAGGCUUCAGUCAGUAAUGUGACUGUUCGUAGUGAACAGGAAGAAGAACAUCUUCAACAGAAGUUCAUAUCCAAACAAACCGCCACGCAUUUCCUUGCAGAUGUGCCUAACUCAGUUAUCACGCAUCGGACCCGAACUGAUUCUGAUUCUAGACGGCUUCUCGGACUAAAGGCCUUGGCCGAAGGGGACGUCGACGCCAACACAGGCAACAUGCUAGACGGUGAAGUAUUGGUAAGAGACAAGAUAGCCGCGGACAUGCUCUCGUUGACAGAGGAGCUGCGCUCAACGCAGAUGGCCCUGGGCGAUCGCAUCCGCUCCGACCUCGGUGUCCUCGCUACAUCGCAUUCCGUGGCUCAGGCCAACGCCGACACGCUGGCCGCUGUGUCUCGGCGGGUUCGCGAAGAGCUGGGACACAAAUUCGGUAUUUGCGUCUGGGUCACUUUCCUUCUCUCCAUUGUCGUCUUCUUCUGGAUGAUAAUCUUUAUUAAAUUCACCCCAAAAGGCACUCUGGUCUCGUAA